GGCGGGGCCGGGCCAGCUGGCCGGCGCCCCGCCCCCGGCCUGGCGCUCCGGGCGCUAUAAGAGGGCGGCGGCCGCGGGGCGCCCAGCGCGGGGCCGGGAGCGCGAUGGUCAGCCGCCGCGGCGCGGCAAGAUGCUGGAUGGGCCCCUGCUGGCGCGCUGGCUGGCCGCGGCCUUCGCGCUGACGCUGCUGCUCGCCGCGCUGCGCCCCUCGGCCGCCUACUUCGGGCUGACGGGCAGUGAGCCCCUGACCAUCCUCCCGCUGACCCUGGAGCCGGAAGCCGUUGCCCAGGCCCACUACAAGGCCUGUGACCGGCUGAAGCUGGAGCGCAAGCAGCGGCGCAUGUGCCGCCGGGACCCGGGUGUGGCCGAGACGCUGGUGGAGGCGGUCAGCAUGAGUGCCCUUGAGUGCCAGUACCAGUUCCGCUUUGAACGCUGGAACUGCACCUUGGAGGGCCGCUACCGGGCCAGCCUCCUCAAGCGAGGCUUCAAGGAGACAGCCUUCCUUUACGCCAUCUCCUCCGCUGGCCUGACGCACGCGCUGGCCAAGGCUUGCAGUGCAGGCCGCAUGGAACGCUGCACUUGCGAUGAGGCGCCGGACUUGGAGAACCGCGAGGCCUGGCAGUGGGGCGGCUGCGGAGACAACCUCAAGUACAGCAGCAAGUUCGUCAAGGAGUUCCUGGGCCGGCGGUCUAGCAAGGAUCUGCGAGCCCGCGUGGACUUCCACAACAACCUCGUGGGUGUGAAGGUGAUCAAGGCCGGGGUGGAGACGACGUGCAAGUGCCACGGCGUGUCCGGCUCGUGCACCGUGCGGACGUGCUGGCGGCAGCUGGCGCCCUUCCACGAGGUGGGCAAGCGCCUGAAGCACAAGUACGAGACGGCCCUCAAGGUGGGCAGCACCACCAACGAGGCCACCGGCGAGGCCGGCGCCAUCUCGGCCCCGCGGGGCCGGGCGGCCGGGGCGGGCGGCGGCGACCCGCUGCCCCGCACGCCGGAGCUGGUGCACCUGGACGACUCCCCCAGCUUCUGCGUGGCCGGCCGCUUCUCCCCCGGCACCGCCGGCCGCAGGUGCCACCGCGAGAAGAACUGCGAGAGCAUCUGCUGCGGGCGCGGCCACAACACGCAGAGCCGGGUGGUGACCCGGCCCUGCCAGUGCCAAGUGCGCUGGUGCUGCUACGUGGAGUGCAGGCAGUGCACCCAGCGGGAGGAGGUCUACACCUGCAAGGGCUGAGCCCCGGGCCUGGCCAGGCUGCUGCAGGGGCUGCGUCCCCCGGCCUGGGCGCCCCCAGCACGCUUGGCUGCAGGGCAGGGGCGGGGAGGCCUGGGGGCCGGCUGAGCGGGCCAUCUCCAGCCCUUUGGCUCCGCCUCUCAGAGGCCCAGUCUGGCCCCUGCGUCCUCCCUGCUCGUCCCGCCCCGUGACCUGAGAGCUUUGCACGGAUGCUUUCCAAGUUGUGUCCCCCCAAGUCACCAGCCGCCUGUCGUGCGCUGGGUGCCCUCUGAGGAGCGGCGGGCACACCUUCGUGACCACACGACCUCUGUGUGGGCUGACCUGCAGCAGCACUGGCUUAGAGUCAAACCACUAGGAGAGAGAGCAGGCGCCUGGCCGCCCGACUGUGGGGGGUAUUCCGCUGGCCCCUCUGACAUCACGUACUUCUCUUUGGAGUAGUAUCAGUGACUUUUAAGUUAUUUUUAUUUAACUAAUAUAUAAUAUUAUUUUCUCCAUCUCUGCAGCCUCCCAGGCUGUGGCUCCUCCCCUUCCCAGUAGAGCCUGGUCUGGAGGAGCCCCUUCCUCCCUCCCCUCCGAACCCCCUCCUGACCUGUUUGCCUGAUCUGCUUUGUCGUUUGAAACCACUAAAUCAAGAGAGACAUUGCUGUUGUUGUUUUUAAAGAAGUAAAGCAAGCUGUGUCUGGCCACCACCCUCAGGGUUUCUGGAAGCCAGGUCCCAUGGUCCAGGUUGGCUACCCAUAGCAAGGCUGACCAGGGAGGUGGACGGGCCCUCCUCUGCACCCCGAGGGCACAUGGAUCCACACUCGAGACUCCUCAGUGCAGAUUCUGGGACUGGGGGGUGGCAGAAGGCAGCCUGUUCUUCCCCCAGAGGUGGGCAUGGGCAGAGGGUCAGGGCCAGCCUCUUGGAGGUUCAUUUCAUGAGGAGGGCACAGCUUGUCCUCUGUCACUGUAGGGGAGGCAGGGUGGGGGCAGACAUGGGUGGAGAGAGUUUGGAGAUAGGAUUUGGCAAAUGGAAAGUGUUCUUGGUCAUGCUGUCGAUUUUGCAGAGAAGGGAAAAGUAUGGCCAUCACUGACCUGAUUUGGUUGAGGGUGUGUGCACACGUGUGUGCAUGUGUGUGUGCAUGCAUGAGUGUGUGGUGUGUGUGCAUGAGCAUGUUUGUGUGAAUGCAUGAGUGUCCAUCUGUGAGUAUGUUCUGUGUAUAAGUGCAGAUGCAUGCUUGUGUGUGCGCACAUACAUGUUUCCACAUGUGUAGUGUGUAUUCGUGCAUGAGAGUGCAUGUCUGCAUGGGUGUGCAUUACGUACGUGGGUGCAUGUGCGUGUGUGACCAUGGGCGUGUGUUUGUGCAUGUGUGGUGAGUAUGUGCUUGCGUGUGCCUGUGUGUGGCGUUGUGCUCACGUGUGCGCUGUGUGGGUGCGGUCAGUGGUUGGCUCGGGCGCCUCUCCUAGGUGUGGAGCUCUCCUGCCCGUGUUGGUAGGGCCUCUAGCCCUGGCCCCAUCCUGCUCAGCUCUGUGACUCUGCCCAGAGGGUGUGCACUGGGGUUUAGGCAGGCAUGGAGCUGGGGCAGGCAGUGUGGACGCGGGAACUACUGAGUGAAGGGAUUCCUCGGAGUCCAGGGGGGGCUUCAGGAACCCUGGAGACUGUGUUUGUAGAAGAAAACCUAUUUAUGUGGAUGUGGGUCUCUUUGUCCCUGUUCUAUAGUGUAAAUAGUAGAGUCUUUUCUCCUGUGGUUCAGAGAACGUCCCCGUGAAGAACAGCGUGCUGACAGUGGGGCAGCCAAGGCAUGUCCCCUGGGAGGGAGCUGGGGUGGGCUCUGUGGCCGUGGGGGAUGCGGGCCUGCAGCCUGGUCUCCUCCACACUUGGCUGGAGGGCGGGGAGAGGCGGGGGCGCGUCCCAGUUGUCCCCAAGCAUUCCCACCUGCUGGGGCCUGGAGCAGGCAGAGCUGGCCAUGUUUCUAUGACAAGACUGUAGCUCGGUCACUACUGGGUUGGAAGGGCAGCAAGUCAGAGGAAGGAUUUUUUCUAAGUCAAAUACCACAUUUAGCUCUAUGUCAUAAAUAUUAAGAAAAGUAUUUUUUUAAACAAAGCAGAUUGAAAACGUCUGCUGGCUGGUUUGUUUAUACAUAAAUAUAUAUCAGAAUGUCUUGCUACGCGAAGGAGCACUCCCGCAGACGGAGCCUCUUAUUAACACGCUUCUUGUCUGUACAGCAGAGGAUCUCUCAAAGAACACAUGUCUGUGGCGGGGUCCAGACCCCCAGCCCCGGGGCCGCAGGGGCAGAGCCAUGCUGAGGGGCCAGGCAGGUCCCGGCCACCUGCUCUCUGCUCAGCGUGCUCGAUCAGGCCAGGUGGAGGCGGGCGGGAGGAGAGGGGCAUUCACACACAAGAGAAGUCUUGUGUGAGCCUAUCGAUUUCUCUACCUCAUCUGUAUAGUGAGUAGGUGUGUACUCGAGUGACUUGGAGAAUGUAUUUAUUUAAUGGCCUUGUGUAACAGAACAGAAACAAAUGGAAACACUAAAUAAAUGUAUUUUUAAAUUAUA